AUGUUUUUCAGCGAAGAUAGACGGACGCCGUUCGAACAUAAAAUGGCUCGUCGACAAGAUCGUAAAGUCAUUAAAAUCGAAGCUGCUUACGGUUCCGAUCGACAAACGCUGAUUGUUAAACGUGAUUACGAUUUGCGUGUACGUGAUGUCCAGGAAGAUGCAUCGAAAGCAUUCAAAAUGCCUCUUGAACAAAUAAUACUUUACUGGAAGGGGCGAAAUAUUUGUAACACACCGAAUGAACUUUUAGAAACAUUAGGAAUUGAAAACAAUCAUCAAAUGCGUGUUUGCAGAGAAGAUGAUCCCGCGCAACAAAACAGACGUCGAGAAUUACUUUCUAAUCAGCAACCGCUAUCAUCAAACACUUCGUACAAUCAACAGCAACAACUACCGCCAUUACAAAUGUCCAAUCAAUUUCAACAGCAGCAACAACAACAACAACAAUUCAAUCCUAGUCUAUCAGCUAAUUAUUAUCAACAACCAAUACAAAAUCAAACGAUUACACCACCGAAUGCGACAACAUUCCUUCAUAAUUUACAAAUCGGCAUGGGCGAUCGUGUCGAAGGUCUUGUCAUUGGUCGACCAUAUCCAUCAACGAUCUACGACUUACAAAUUGAGUUACAACAACGCUUCAAUAUACCAAUUCACGAACAGAAUUUGUCUUAUAACGGUACCUUAUUAACACAAUAUCCACCAGACACACCAUUGGAUAGUAUCGGUAUUGUUAAUAAUUCAUUCGUUUCACUAUGGGUUCGAAAUUCAGUACCAAAUAUACAACCACAAGCACAGUACUAUGCUGAUGGCCCACAGACAGGAUACAAUGAGACAUCACCAAGAAUGGACAAUAAUAAUGAAACGAUACAAAAUAAUGGAAAUCAAGACGUAUUAAAAAUCGAAGUAUUCCAUGGUUCUGAUCGACAUAUCCUUAUUCUACGUAGUACAAACAAUUUACGUAUUGGGGAUCUAAUGGAAGAAUUACAACGAAUCACUACAGUUCCUGUUCAGAAUCAGAAACUGUUCUUCCGUGGUCAGGAAUUACAAAAUAUGAAGGAUCGCACGUUACGUGAAGCUGGCAUUGAUAAUAAUGCUCAAGUUCGACUAAUUGGCGAUCCAUCGCGAGCUCGAUACGAGCCAAUGAUUACCAAUAAUCGAACAAAUUAA